AUGUCACUUUGGCGUGCUGUCUUGGUUUCCAUCGCCGUGCUGCUGGGCACGGUCGUAGCCGACACGACAUACGAUGCCAUUGUUGUUGGCGCCGGACCAGCUGGUAUUAUCGUUGCUGAGCGUCUGGCUGAAGCUGGAGAGAGCGUCUUGCUGAUCGAGCGCGGCGGUACAUCCUUGUAUACGUCCGGUGGUGACCGUAUCGAACCGUGGAACGACACCAUCACUGUCUUCGAUCUACCUGGGAAUGGCUAUCAGCUGUCCAAGUUAGAUGACACUAGCUUCUUCUGCACUGAUACUGCAUCCACAGCUGGGUGCAUCCUUGGUGGCGGCGGGAUGGUCAACGCCAUGAUGUGGGUGCCUCCCAAUUCGGUCGAUUUCGAAAAUUUCCCCGCUGGGUGGAACUGGGAGGACGUCUCUGCAUCCGCUGACAAACUCUACGAACGCAAUCCCGGCACUACGUGUCCUAGCGCCGACGGGCUGUACUACGACACCGCCGUCUGGGACCUAGCUUCGACCCUCCUCUCGAACAACGAAUGGAUACAGAGUGAUGCUGUUGCCCACUGGCCCGAUGACAAGACCAACAUAUACUCCCACCCGCCUUGGAACAUCAAAGAUUCGCAACGUGCAGGUCCUGUUAUGACCUAUCUCCCACUGGCAAAGGCUCUAGACAACUUUAAACUUAAACUCUCUACCUUGGUGACACGCAUCGUCCGUUCCGGAUCCACCAUUACCGGUGUCGAGGUCGAAACCGACAAUGGACGGGAAAUCAUUAACGUCAACGAUGGUGGCAAGGUGAUCCUUACUGCAGGAGCGCUGUCGACCCCUCGCAUACUUUUCAACUCUGGUAUCGGACCCUUUGAUCAGAUCUAUGUGGUCCAAGCAGGAUCUACGAAUAUCACGCUACCCGACGAGAGUGAAUGGAUCGAUCUUCCCGUCGGGGAGGGAAUUGAGGACCACAUCAUAUUCUCAGUGACGGUUGACUCAGCCACUGAGUUUACUGUUUACAACUAUACGCCCAUCAACUCAAUGGAAGUUAAUGCGACUGACGCUGCUCUCUACAACGAACAAGGGUCCGGUAUCCUUGCUCAAUCUGCCCAGCGCCUUGCCUUCUGGACCACCCUCGACGUCAAUGGAGCUACGCGUUACAUUCAAGGAACCGUCGGGCCAAAAUCCGAUAGUACUCUGAACUGGAAGAUUUAUCUGACGCACGGCCUCACAUCGUCUGGAAGGCUCGGUAUUUUGUCCAAUGGAACGACAACGCUCUUGGAUUCACCUUGGCUUACAACGGAAGAUGACAAGACUUCUAUCACAAGCUUCAUGGAGACGUUCAUUGGGUACUUUGAUAAUCAAACUGUGUUGUCCAUUUCUGCGGACAGCGUCACAGCUGAAGGUUUGACUGAGACGUACACCACUGGGUCUCACUGGGCUGCCAGUUGUGCUAUGGGAGAAAGCAACGAUGGAAGUUCCGUGGUAGAUACCGAUACUAAGGUAUGGGGGACAGAUAAUCUGUUCAUUGCUGAUGCUUCCAUUCAUCCCGACCUUCCUAUUGGCAACAUCCAGGCUACCAUCAUGGUUGUCGCAGAGAAAGCUGCUGAGAAGAUCCUUGCCUACAAUUAA